CAGCGGCGCCUCGCACGCCGCAGCGCGCGCGCGCUGGGCCGCACGCCUGGAGGAGCCGAGCGACGAGGCGGGCACGAGCGGCAGCAGCAGCGGCGCCAGCAGCAGUGAUGAGAGCGACGAGGAGAUGUGGGGCGCGCGCCGCAGGAGCAUCGACUAUGUGAGCAGCAGCGACGCGUGACGGGUGAUGUCAGGUGACCGGUGAUGCUGGGUGGUGGCGCGCGAGGCUGGGCAGCUCGAUGCCUAGGGUCAGCCUCCUGGCAUGGCACUGGCGCGCGUGUAGCACUGUAUGGGAGCUGCUGUGUCUGCGAGAAAUCGCUCUGCUCCGGCUGCCCAGUCGCAGUCCUCCGCCCGCCUUGCCGCACCGUGCUGACACUCGCCUCCAGCUGGACCUCUCGCCGUCGCUGCCCUACACGCUCGUCUCGCUGCGCUCGCACCUGCUCUCGCAGCUGGCCGAGCUCGAGGCGCGCGUGCGCUCCCUCUACCCGGCCGCCGACGGGCCGUCGCUGGCGGCGUCGUUCCUGGCGCAGGCGUCGGCGCUGCGCAACGACGUGCGCCGCCUGGGCACCUUCCUGCCGCGCGUGCCCGCGGCGCUGACGCUACCGCAGGUGCCGUCGCUGCCCGCAGCGCCGACGUGGGACAUGGCCGAGCUGGCCGCGGCGUGGGAGACGCUCUCUUUCCAGCUGCCGUCGGGCGGCGGCGACAUGUUGGCGUCGCUGCGUGCGCGCUUCGAGGGCUGCCAGGAUGCCUAUGCGGCACUGACGCUGCCCGACUUCUUCGGCGCCUCGACGCGCGCCGCGUUCGACGAGGGCAUGAUGAGCCCCGCGGCGGCGCACUUUGAGGCGCUCGUCGCCAAGGUCAAGGCCACGGGCGAGGACGUGCGCGCCAAGGGCCAUGCCCGCGCCUCGUCCGUCGCCAAGGCCGCGCGUGACGCCGAGGACCGCCUCUACCAGGCCGCGCUCGAGCUCGCGGGGCAGGGCCAGAAGCUGAUCCGCUACGAGCACCUGCCGGAGCUGUGGAAGAACAACUCGCACAUUCUGUCCGGCUACCGCUUCAUCCCCAAGUCGAACCUCUCUGCGCUGCUGCGCUCCACGUUCCAGAUCCACAACGAGACGGGCAACAUCCACUCGCACCUGCUCGGCGCCAUCAUCAUCCUGCCGCUCUUCUGGCCGAGUAAGGGCCUCGACCCGGACACGACGCCCAUGGACCGCCUCGUGCAGACCGUGUACCUCGUCGCGGCGCUCAAGUGCCUCGUGCUCAGCGUCAGCUGGCACGUCAUGGCCGGCUGUGCCGACGCCUGCUGGUUCGAGCGCUUCGCGUGCGUCGACUACACGGGCAUCGCCUGGCUCGUGGCCGCGAGCGUGUGGACGCUGGUGUACAACGGAUUCUACUGCCAGCCGAAUCUGGCGCUCUUCUACAGCAUCACGACGUUCCUCGUUGGCCUGAUGGGCGCGACCGUGCCGUGGGCGGCCUGGUUCAACCAGCGGCAGAACAAGGGCCUGCGCAUCUGCGUCUUCCUCGCCAUGUGCUUCACUGGCCUGGCGCCCUUUACGCACGCCGCCUACGAGCACGGCCUGCUCAAGACGGUGCUCUUCUUCCAGCCCAUCGUGCCCAGCCUGCUCUGCUACAUCGGCGGCCUGGUGUUCUACGCCUUCCAGUUUCCCGAGAGCAUCGCGCCUGGCCGCUUCGACACGUGGGGCCAUGCUCACCAGAUCUGGCACCUGGCCAUCGUCGGCGCGAUCCUGCUGCACUACCGCGCCGCGCUCAUCUUCCACGAGAAUCGCUUCGACUUCAGCUGCGCCGCGACGCCGUCGCCGACGCUCAGCACGCACGCCUCGGCGCUGCUCGAGGCCGCCGGCGGCCUCACGGGCAUCUACGGCCUCGGCGCCGCCGACGACCGCGUGCUCGGCUGGCGUCGCGCCAUCGGGCGCCUCGGCAACGGCGCCGUCGGCACGGCGUGGAACCGCCUCGUUGACUGGACGCAGACGUGGUAGCCCCGUCGCCCCCUUUCUGCACUGCUUCGUCCCGGACCGCACAUACCGUCACCUUCCCAUACAGACGCGCGCAUUCACAUAGACUGCCAUUUCGCCGCCGUGUGUGUCGUACUGGCAGGUGCGAGCACGAGGGUUGGCGCAGGCUGAGUGAUGCUGUCAGGGCUUAUGGAUCCCGUGCGUGCCGUCGUCAACACCGCAGCCACAGCAUCACUCUGGCACACUCUACUGCAUGCUGAGUGCGCAUGCUGCAGUUCUGUCGAGACACUGCGGCACGGAUGAUGCUGGCGGCAACAGGCGCUGGGCCUCCGCUCUGCACAAGGGCUCAGGGAGGCCUCGUAGCGCAAGACACGGGUCGCUUUGCUCCCUGUGGUGCGGGGGUCUGUGUCAGGCUUGUGUAUGCAACCCGGCGGAACCCGGCUUAGCGGGGUUGUAUGGUCCAG